AUGAACUCGAAUCCCAUUUUGAAGAAAAUGAAAGCAUAUGGCAUCGGACACCGUAAACUUCACGACGAGCUAUUUGUGGGGGAUAAACCGCCCGCUCGGUUAGGUGUGUACGACAUCGAUGAAGAAGACUUGUGCCAUGAAGUUAUCCCAACGGUAUGCAACGUCACCGGUUGCACAUUCGUCGCGGACUCACUGCUUGAAUUCGAGAAUCACUAUAACGCGUGCCACAGAUAUGCUUGUGGUCAAUGUAAGAAGAUGUUACCUUCGCCUCAUCUCCUCGAUCUGCAUCUGCAGGAGAAACACGAUUCUUUUUUCGCAGUUAUGGCCGCCAAGAAACCUUCGUAUUGCUGUUACAUAGAAGAGUGUAAAGAAAAAUUUAAAAACACAGAUGAGCGCUUAGACCACUGUGUGAAAGUUCACAAACUACCAAAAGAUUUUAGAUUUGAUCAGAAACCCAAAACUCCAAAAUUUACCAAUAAACCAGAUUUGUCUAUGGAUGUUGACGUAGCAACUAGUAAGCCAUUAGAAAAUAAAAAGUUUUCAUUUAGUAACAGUAAGCAAAAGGCAUUUUCAAAGAAUUGUAAAAAGUCAACAGUGGAUAACACAAAUCUCAAUUCAAUGAAUAUGGAUGAUGAAGUGCCAGAUAUGGAGAAAAAUUUGUCCACAUAG